CCUCUGUGAGUUGAGGGAGCGGGAGUGAGAGAGCGCACGGUGUGUAGCCAGUGUUGUACAGUCAGCGGGACCGGGCACGCUUGUGUUUUGUCAGUUAGUGGAGGUUGUCUGCUUAGUGUGCUUGUUUUACUUGUUUUCUCGCUCCCCUGAAAUGGACUUCUGACAGCAGCCGGGCUGCGGGCGCCGCCGGUUCCUCCUGACCGGAAAAUGAAGCGACUCUGUCGGAGGCUGGCGGUGGCCGUGGCGGUGCUGGUGUGGCUGGGAGCGCUGGUUUACCUGCUGGUGUUGAGCCGGAGGAGGUUGCCGGAGCUCAGUACCGGAGCAGGAGCAGGUGGAGGAGGAGUAGCAGGAGGCGGAGAGAGAGCCGACAACCAGAUUUCAGAUGCAGAAUGGGAGGACAUGUUGGAGGGCUUUGAUGAGCGGAGUUACCUGAACGCUCGACGCUGGAAGCCCGGAGACGACCCGUACACUCUGUACGCUUUCAACCAGAGAGAGAGCGAACGCAUCCCCAGUGAUCGAGCCCUGAGAGACACUCGACACUACAGGUGCACCACUCUUCACUACGACUCGGACCUUCCUUCAACCUCCAUCAUCAUCACCUUUCACAAUGAGGCCAGAUCCACUCUGCUGCGUACCAUUAAGAGUGUUUUAAACAGGACCCCAGUUCAUCUCAUCUAUGAGAUCAUUCUGGUGGACGACUUCAGUGACGACGAAAGUGACUGCCAGCUUCUCACCAAACUGCCCAAAGUCAAAUGCAUUCGCAACAACAAGCGAGAAGGCCUGAUCAGGUCCAGAGUGCGGGGGACUGAUGCUGCCAGAGCGAGGGUGCUGACCUUCCUGGACAGCCACUGUGAGGUCAACAAAGACUGGCUGCCACCCCUCCUGCAAAGGAUCAAACAGGACCCAACCCGAGUGGUUAGCCCGGUCAUUGACAUCAUCAAUAUGGAUACGUUUGCCUAUGUGGCAGCUUCUGCUGAUCUCCGUGGAGGUUUUGAUUGGAGUCUCCAUUUUAAGUGGGAGCAGUUGUCGGCCGAACAGAGAGCUCGCCGGACUGACCCGACCCAGCCAAUCAAGACCCCCAUCAUUGCAGGUGGACUCUUUGUGAUUGACAGGUCCUGGUUCAAUCACCUCGGCAAAUAUGACACCGCCAUGGACAUUUGGGGCGGGGAAAACUUUGAGAUCUCAUUCCGGGUUUGGCAGUGUGGCGGCAGUCUGGAGAUCCUGCCCUGCAGCAGAGUCGGUCACGUCUUCAGGAAGAAACACCCGUACGUCUUUCCUGAAGGCAACGCCAACACGUACAUCAAGAACACACGUCGUACGGCCGAGGUGUGGAUGGAUGAUUUCCGUCUCUUUUACUACUCCGCUCGCCCGGCAGCACGAGGCAAAUCCUACGGAGAUAUCCGGAGCAGAGUGGAACUCCGCAAGAAGCUCAAGUGUAAAUCCUUCAAGUGGUACUUGGACAAUGUCUAUCCAGAGCUCAAGGUCCCAGAUGACUCCGACUCACAGUCUGGGGUAAUCAAACAGAGGCAGAACUGCCUGGAGUCCCGCAAGGUGGAGGGCCAGGAGAUGCCCGUCCUCACAUUAGCUCCCUGCAUGGGAACCGAGGGGGUCCCCGCCAUCAAUCAGGAGUGGGUGUACACUCAUGGACAGCAGAUCCGACAGCAGCAGCACUGCCUGUCUGUCUCCACCACGUUCCCCGCCUCCCAGGUCCUGCUGCUGCCCUGCAACAUGGCGGAUGGCAAACAGCGGUGGCAGAAGUCAGGGACUCACUUGGAGCACCUCGUCUCUCGGUUCUGCCUGGACUCGGAGAUGGCUCUGGACGGGAUGGACGAUUCCCGAAUGUUGGUCAUCAGCCCCUGUGAACUGAGCGCAUACACACAAAGAUGGGAAGUCCCCUUCUCUUGACCCCUGACCCUGUGACCUUUAAACCCCCUUAAAAAAAAAAAAAGUGCCCCGUCACAUCCAUUCUUCAAGUCAAAGACGCGAGCAGAGAGAAAACUGCUCACACCGACCGAACAUGCAUGAGCAAUCAUGUCCCAGUGCUGCAUCGAGGAUGUUUGAACAGGAAGCUGAUGGAGACUUUUUUACGGCUUUUUUGUAGCAUGAAAAGAAAUGCAGCUGUUUCAGGUCUCGAGUCCUGAUUUAUUAACGAGGCGCGCUGGUUUGGAAUUAUGCCGGUGCAAGAGACGCAUGAGGAACGUAUGGUUCGGAGAUUCAACGUGUCUGUGCUGGAGAGUUUAAUCAAGUGCAUCUUAAAACCCAGAACUGUGUUUUAGCUGAGUCAGACAAAAAAAUCAUAAUCAGAGAAUGUGUCUGUGUCUUUUGCAAUCUGUUUUUAAAGGAUGUUUAAGAAUCUGGAAAUUAAAACCAAGCACAACUCAAGGUUUUAUUUCAGUUGGUUAAAUCUCUGUCUUUACUGCAGGAUCCCAGUACAGUCCAGUCUGUUUCUUAUUGGGGAGUAACCACAGACUCGCCAGAUUAAAGCCGCAGGAAACCGCACGAAAGCUUAAAUUUGUUUCACUGAGAGGGAUCAAAUCAUAUUAAAUCUGGAAACUGCCUUCUUUUCUUUUUCUUUGUUUUGUGCUUGGAUCGGCUCCUCAUUUAUUGCUUUGCAGAUAGUUUCAAAGUUUUUAAUUAUGAGGGCUCCAGGCUGCUCUAAAAGGCUCCGUUUCAGACUAUUUUUUCUACUCAGAGAUUCAAAGAGCUUUAUUGUCAUUCUUCUCAUGUGAAACAUAACAGGAACAAAACUUAGUUUCGGAGGUCCCUACAGUGCAAGCUGCCUUUUUUUUGUUUAUAUAUUAAAAGAGGCUUUAGGCUCUGCAUGAUGUCAGUGAGAGAGGAUAUUCCUAAAAUGUGCACAAAAACCCCACCCACUGUCUCUUCAAACUUUCUGUUUGCAGGGGGCAGCCAGUCAGAAGAAAGUUGGCUUACAGCAGCAGUUCUUGAACUUUUUCUGGCUUUAGAAGCUGAAAAGAUUUCACAUCCACCAUGAACAACAGAAAAUGAUCCUUGUGUAAGGUAUAAAAAAUCUUAUAUUGACCUUUAUAUAUUGAUUUUCUCCCUAAAAAUAAAAACAAACAUAUUUAUUCAACCCAGGUUCACUUUAAAUUGUUCACCUGGCUGACUGUGGCCCACCUGCAGUGACUCGGUGCUACACCGAUGGGGCCUGCCCCACAGUUUGAGAACCACAGGGAGGGUGGCCUUAAAAGAUAAGGAACUAAAAUGUCUUGUUUCAGAGAGAAACUGAGGGACUGCACCAAGUAUAAAAUUACUACUUGAACUAUGAAUCAUGCAAAGCCAGAGGGAAGGGGGGCUGCAUUAGGGAACACAAAACCUGGCAUUUUGAGCCGGCCCUGGCUGAGUUACAGGAUGGCAUGGCAGAGACAGGUGUGAAACGGGGGAAGCAGCACAAACACAGAUGGACCAGAGCUACAGGUGCACAUGUGGACAAACAGUCACAGUGGGAAGAAAUGAACAGCAGGAAUGCAGCACAUGUCAUAAUAUCUUCACGCUGGUGGUUGAUCUGCAGAUUUCUGGUUCCCGUUGAAGCAGCUGUUUCACACAGCUGCUGUGCAUGUGAGAGUUUUUAUGCACAAGUUUGAUUUUUCACCCUAAUUACAAAGUAUUGAUAUUUAUCAAGCAAGUUUGGAGGAUUUACAAAAAUUAUGGUAUGUUUAUUUGUUUUUUUUUCCCCCAGUAAACGCGUCUCCCCUCGAGGCUUUUUUCAGAAUCUGAGAUGCAACCAAACCUUUAGUUUUCCCCGCCUCAGAUUGUUUGUGAGCACUAUAAAUGGACGUGAGGUCGGGCCGGUGGAUGACUGCAGCUGGAGCUCAAACCUGUGACCCACCAGUUCUGAAUGCCAGAAGAGUUGAAACACAAACUACCUGCUAGUUUUCUCUGAAACUCCCCUUUCAGUCAGUUCACACAGUGGAUUUUUUUUUUUUUUUUUAAAUGUUACAUCUAACUUGCAGUUCAGUGGUAACCCGUUCAUAAUGUGUUCAACAUCUUCAGCGGCAUCACUUUGA